UUUAGGCUAUUCGAAAGCCGUUGAAAAAAAUAAUUAAUAUUUUAUUUUUGAAAAAUAUAUAUAAUACCCAUAGUGCAAUAAUGUUGAUAUUAAGGAAAUUAAGGUUAAAGUAUAUUUUAGAAUUACGAAAAGCGGUAAGCCUUAAAACACAUGCGAUCCGCUGUUUAUCAUCUACUAAACUAACACCUGAGACACAAGUGGCCACUCCACUGAUAAUUAAUGAAACUUAUGGACAACCAACAUCUACAACACAUCCGCAUUUAAUCAAUGAGGGUCAACUAGUUCCUGGCGUUUGUGUGGAAGAGUUUCGAGAACGAAGAUCAAGGCUUAUGGGUGGUUUACAAAAGUUUGCAAAGGAGAAUCCGACAAAUGAAAAUGAGCCAUCUAAAAAUCACUUAGUAAUAAUACCAUCAGCCUGUAAGAAGUUUAUGAGUGACAAAAUACCCUAUGUUUUUCGUCAAAAUUCUGACUUUUAUUAUUUGUCUGGAUGCUUGGAACCAGACACAGUGUUGAUGAUAAGCAUAAAUGAGCAAGCACUAGUGAAAUCCACACUAUUUAUGAGACCAAAAGAUAAACAUGCCGAACUCUGGGAUGGUCCACGAACUGGUAUCAAUAAUGCACUUGAUAUGUUUGGCGUCGAAGAAGCAUAUCCAUCGAAUGAAUUCAAAAAAAUUCUCAGCAGCCGUUUGAAAGAUGAGAAACCCGUACUUUGGUAUGAUGCAGCACGUGCAGAUCUUGUUCAAAUAACAAAAGACGUUAAUGACUUAACGGAAAAUACAAUACCAGUUAAGACGCCAGUCGAAUUUAUACAAAGUAUGCGUCUCUUUAAAUCAAUAGCAGAGCAAGCACUAAUGAGACAGACAUGUCAAAUAGCAUCGGAAGCGAUAAAUGAAGUGAUACGUGAAGCACGUCCGGGUCAUUCAGAGCAUCAUAUUUUCGCUAUGGUUGAUUAUAAAUGUAGAAUGCGUAAUGCCAACUAUUUAGCAUAUCCGCCGGUUGUUGCGAGCGGUAAUAACGCAACCACUAUUCAUUAUAUAAAUAAUACACAAUUAACAAAGAGUGGUGAUCUUGUAUUACUCGAUGCUGGCUGCGAAUAUGGUGGUUAUACUAGUGAUAUAACGCGCACUUGGCCAAUUAAUGGAACAUUUAGAGAUGAACAAAAAGUCCUAUAUGAAGUGCUGCAACAAAUUCAAAAGGAACUUAUAGCAACAAUACAAAAUGAAGGUGGCGAAACGUUAGACAAUUUAUUUGAGCUUAUGUGUAUAAAAAUGGGAAAAUACAUGCAAGAAAUCGGUCUUAUACCGAAAUAUAUAAGCACAAGUGAUGAAUUAGCGAAAGAAGGAUAUAAAUUCUGUCCACAUCAUGUAUCCCAUUACCUAGGUAUGGAUGUUCAUGAUACACCAUUAAUGCCACGUACAUUACGUAUAUUACCUGGCAUGGUGUUCACAAUUGAACCUGGAAUAUAUAUUGCACAUGAUCGAAUUGAUGUACCAAAAGAGUUCCGUGGCAUUGGUCUACGUAUUGAAGAUGACGUACUCAUAACUGCAAAUAAGAGCGUUGAAGUCUUAACAAGUAGUUGUAUUAAAGAUCGAUCCGAUAUUGAAUUAUUGUUUAAAGCCAAAUCCUAAUAUGUAAAAAAGAGAUAAUGAUUGUGUUCAUAAAAAAAAUAAUUCAACACAAAAUGAAAUAUUUUGCAAAAUAAAAA